UGUGCAGCCUGUCCGUGAGUGAGUGAGUUUCACUUUUCGAGGAAAAUUGCUUAUUGGAGCUGAUUAUUGCUAGUCAAAAAGACUCUGUGUGUGAGUUUCCCUUCUCGAGGAAAAUUGCUAAUUGGAGCCUGAGAUUAUAUAUAGAUAGAUGAUUAGAUAGAGAGAGAGAUAGGAGUGAGUGGAGGAGAUGCACACAGUAAGGUUCCCUCCCGCGUUGAGAGAGUAUUAUUAAUUAAGAGUUAAACUAAAAAGAAUUUAAGGUUGGAGAUUUGAUGAUAGGAGAAGAGAGAGACAAAUAAUACUUCAUUAGAGAUAAGAUGAUGAUGGGUUUCGUUUAAGAGCUCCUCCACUCCAACCUGAUUCGCUCUCGAUUGAUCUUUUUGUCCGCGAUGAUGCCGGCGGCCGAAUCUGGAGUCUUGCCCCGUCGGAAUCCUUCUCAACUGCCGUGGAUUAAUCUCUCGAGCUCGAGGAACUUGAUUUUGGCCUACCAGAGUUUUGGUGUAGUCUACGGUGACCUCAGUACUUCUCCUCUUUAUGUCUUUCGUAGCACAUUUAUUGGAAAGUUGCAUAAGCAUCAGACCGAGGAAACCGUAUUUGGUGCUUUCUCUUUGAUUUUCUGGACCCUCACCCUGAUUCCUCUUCUCAAGUACCUUCUUCUUUUACUGAGUGCCGAUGGCAAUGGAGAAGGCGGAACGUUUGCUCUCUAUUCGCUGCUUUGUAGGAAUGCAAAGCUUAGCUUACUUCCUAACCAGCAAGCUGCUGAUGAAGAGCUCCCAGCUUACAAAUUUGGUCCGUCCACGGGUACUGGAAGUUCAUCCCGCUUUACAAGUUUUCUUGAAAAGCACAAAAGCCUGAGGACCGCUUUGCUCGUCCUUGUGCUUUUUGGAGCUGCUAUAGUCAUAGGAGACGGGGUCCUGACUCCAGCUAUAUCAGGUAAAGUAUGCCUCCCUCCCUCCCUCCUUGGAGUUGCUCAAUAUCAUCUGCUGUUACUUGUAGUUGAAAUCACCCACCUUCUUCUUAUGUCGUCCAUGUCAGGCUUGCAAGCUACAGAGAAGAAAUUGACUGAUGGCGAACUUCUGGUGGUCGCCUGUGUCGUAUUGGUUGGACUGUUUGCUUUACAACACUGUGGUACUCACAGGGUGGCCUUCAUGUUUGCACCAAUUGUGAUAAUCUGGCUUAUUUCAAUACUCUUCAUCGGUUUAUACAACAUCAUACACUGGAAUCCAAAGAUAAUACAUGCAAUUUCCCCGCAUUAUAUCAUCAAAUUCUUCAGAGUGACUGGUCAAGAUGGAUGGAUUUCUCUUGGAGGGGUUCUUCUUUCUGUGACAGGUACUGAAGCUAUGUUUGCAAAUCUUGGCCAUUUCACCUCGCUCUCAAUCAGACUUGCUUUCGCUGUUGUCGUGUACCCCUGCCUAGUGGUACAAUACAUGGGCCAAGCAGCUUUCUUGUCAAAGAACCUCGGGUCUAUUCCUAACAGCUUUUACGAUUCAAUCCCAGAUACUGUUUUCUGGCCUGUCUUUGUCAUUGCCACGCUUGCAGCCAUUGUUGGCAGUCAGGCUGUGAUAACCGCUACGUUCUCAAUAAUCAAACAAUGUCAUGCCCUUGGGUGCUUCCCACGCAUCAAAGUAGUCCACACUUCGAAACAUAUAUAUGGACAGAUCUAUAUCCCGGAGAUCAACUGGAUCCUAAUGAUCCUUACUCUUGCAAUAGCUAUAGGCUUUCGAGACACAACUUUGAUUGGAAAUGCCUACGGACUCGCAUGCAUAAUAGUAAUGUUCGUCACGACGUUUUUCAUGGCUCUUGUCAUAGUUGUGGUUUGGGAGAAGAGUAUUUUUCUAGCGGCUUUGUUUCUUGGAACUGUAUGGAUAAUUGAAGGUGUGUACCUCUCAGCAGCGCUCAUGAAAGUUCCCCAGGGUGGUUGGGUGCCUUUGGUGCUUGCGUUCAUACUCAUGAUUGCCAUGUAUGUGUGGCACUAUGGGACCCGCAGGAAAUACAGCUUUGAUCUUCAUAACAAAGUUUCGUUGAAGUGGUUGCUGGGAUUAGGACCUAGUCUUGGUAUUGUACGUGUGCCUGGAAUAGGACUCGUAUACUCAGAACUUGCAACUGGGGUUCCUGCAAUUUUCUCUCACUUUGUCACCAAUCUCCCGGCAUUCCAUAAAGUCGUGGUGUUUGUUUGUGUGAAAUCAGUUCCAGUGCCUCAUGUGUCUCCUGAGGAACGCUAUCUCAUUGGGCGUGUUUGCCCCAAGCCUUAUCGUAUGUACAGGUGCGUAGUGAGGUACGGGUACAAGGACAUUCAACGGGAAGACGGGGACUUUGAGAAUCAGCUUGUACAGAGCAUAGCGGAGUUCAUCCAGAUGGAAGCAAGCGACCUCCAACAAUCCUCCUCGGCUUCUUCUGAGUCUCAAUCCUAUGAUGGGAGAAUGGCAGUUUUAAGCAGUCAGAAGAGUCUCUCUAACUCAAUCCUGACGGCGGUUUCAGAGGAAAAUGAUUUUGGUGAGCCCACCAUACUAGAAAGCAGUAGCAAAUCCAUGACCCUGCAGAGUUUGCGCUCAGUGUACGAGGAUGAGUAUCCACAAGGGCAAGUGAGGAGGCGGCGUGUGAGGUUCAGGUUAACGCCGUCAAGUGGUGGUGCUGGGAUGGAGUCCUCUGUGAGGGAAGAGCUAAUGGAUCUAAUACGAGCGAAAGAGGCGGGUGUAGCAUAUAUAAUGGGUCACUCAUAUGUGAAAUCGAGGAAAUCAUCGUCCUGGUUGAAGAAGAUGACGAUUGAUAUUGGCUAUUCUUUCUUGAGGAAGAACUGCAGAGGACCAGCUGUAGCACUCAACGUUCCUCACAUCAGCCUCAUUGAAGUUGGCAUGAUUUACUAUGUUUAAGCCAAUUAUUACAAUAAAAAGAAAAGAAAAAAAAACUCUCGUGUGUAAUGUAUGUAUGUGUAGCAUUCAUAAGUCAUAUAACUCAUGGGAGUGUUAUAUAUAAUCUGUUCAGCGAUAGAUUAAUGCAACAUCUUGGGUGUAUGCAUAUGUUAUCAA